CCAUGUGGGGCGGACGCCGCCCGGCCGCCUCCUCCCGGGACGCCGCUUCGCUCCUGCGGCUGCUGCUGGCCGCGCUGCUGGCGGCGGGGGCGCGGGCCAGCGGCGAGUACUGCCACGGCUGGCUGGACGCGCAGGGCGUCUGGCGCAUCGGCUUCCAGUGCCCCGAGCGCUUCGACGGCGGCGACGCCACCAUCUGCUGCGGCAGCUGCGCGCUGCGCUACUGCUGCUCCAGCGCCGAGGCGCGCCUGGACCAGGGUGGCUGCGACAACGACCGCCAGCAGGGCGCCGGCGAGCCCGGCCGCGCGGACAAAGACGGCCCCGACGGUUCGGCAGUCCCCAUCUAUGUGCCCUUCCUCAUCGUCGGGUCGGUGUUUGUCGCCUUCAUCAUCUUGGGGUCCCUGGUGGCCGCCUGCUGCUGCAGAUGCCUGCGGCCCAAGCAGGAGCCCCAGCAGAGCCGGGCCCCGGGGGGGCCCCGCAUGGUGGAGACCAUCCCCAUGAUUCCCAGCGCCAGCACCUCCCGAAGCUCCUCUUCCCGCCAGUCCAGCACGGCCGCCAGCUCCAGCUCCAGCGCCAACUCGGGGGCCCGGGGGCCCCCGACCAGGUCACAGACCAACUGUUGUUUGCCCGAGGGCACCAUGAACAAUGUGUACGUCAACAUGCCCACAAACUUCUCCGUGCUCAACUGUCAGCAGGCCACCCAGAUUGUGCCCCACCAGGGGCAGUACCUGCAUCCCCCCUUCGUGGGGUACACGGUGCAGCACGACUCGGUGCCUAUGACCCCGGUGCCCCCGUUCCUGGACGGGCUGCAGACGGGCUACAGGCAGAUCCAGGCCCCCUUCCCUCACACUAACAGCGAACAGAAGAUGUACCCAGCCGUGACUGUGUAACGCAAGGUGAGGCCGGGGUCCUGUACCAGGCAGAGGAAGGCAGAAGCUGUGGGCUUGGGAAGGAUUCUCAACGUGGAAGUCCCAGCGUAUCGCUGGUGUUUGUGGCACGAUUCUGUUGGAGGGCUUGCUUCGCCCCCAAACUGUAUGAAAACAUGUUUCUCCAAAUUAGCGUUUCUGGACAUGUUUCAUCCCAGUGCAUGAUGGAUUUAUGAUGGAGAAGAGCAUCCCCUGGAGAUGCCUGUGUCGUCGCCAAUGGUUGUGUGACACAUGUGAGCCCUUAAGUGCCCUUGAGGUGUGGCUGUCAAAAGAAUUUUGUAAACUGAUGAAGUGUUUUUAUUAUUUCGUUACUGUUACUUCUUUUUUUAUUUUUUAUUGUAUUGGUACAAGAUCAGAAUAGUUGUUCCCUCCCUUUUACCUGGGCCAGCUUCUAAUAAGCAUCCAAGGUUUUAGGGGGGAUGUAAAGAGUACAAUUCUUAUAAAAGGAAACCAAUUUGGACUCUGAGGUUAGUCCUUGAUCCCAGCAUUUUCCAGGCACAUCUUAAUUCAUUGUAAAAAGAUAUAUAUAUAUUGUCUAUUUUUGUGCUUUUUUUGGGUCUAUUUUGUGCUUUUUUACCUUGUGUAGAGAUCUUAUUACAAAGUGAUUUCCUACAUUAAAAAGAGGCUGAAAGAAAUUGUAUAGUUACUUAACUGAUGACACUUCAGAACUCUGGGAUUAUUUUAAUCUUGAAGUAGUGAUGGUGUAGUAAUAAAACCAUUCAGCCCCUUCUCGAUUGUAUCUUUUAAAUUUCUGACUUCACAUUGACAUCUGAGAAGAGUAAUAAAGUGUUUUCAUAUUGAAAUCAUAAA